CAUGCGGCUCCCAAUCACAUGUAUUUUGCUUCUAGUUUUGGGGCUCGACUACAGUGCCUCAAUGUGGGUGAAGAAGUACGAGGAGAACUACCAUCGACCCACGUACCGCAAUCAUCGUCACAGUUCCGAUCAGCACGUGAACUACAAUCGCGAGGCUCUCGAGGCAAGUCGAGGCCACGUCCCUGCGUUGGAAUCCCGCAGCAUUACGCCCUUCAAUGCCAGCAUCCACCUGUCAUUCUACGUGAACAUCCUGAACGAGGGAUCCGUGAUCUGUGCGGGUGCCUUGAUCUCGCACCGCAUGGUCAUCACAUCGACGCACUGCUUCCUUCCCGGCCAAGUUGAUGCGACCUACGAGUUUACGGCAAAGAAAAUGACUAUCCUGACGGCCAUUGACUUCGCACCCAAUACGGAACCGCAUCAGGUGAAGGCCUUCUUCAUGCCGGUCAACCGGGAAGAUCACUUCAUCAAUCAUGUGGCCCUGCUCGCCUUGGAUCACAAGCUCCAGCGGCGCAAGUAUCGCUAUAUUCCGCUGAAUCGCAGGAGACCCCAAAUGGGCGAUGAGGUGAAGAUGGUCUACAUUGGGCCACCCACUUAUAAGGUCUCGUUCUACAACACCCGGGUUUUCGAUUUCGAACGCUGCCAUAUCCAUUAUGGUUUGAAGGACCUCUUCCACAUAUCCACCUUUGAGCCGGACUUCUUUUGCGUUCGGAAUAAGAAGCACUCGAAGAAGAGCACCUGCAGCACCAGGCCAGGAGAUCCCUUAAUUGUGGACAACAGGCUGGUGGGUGUAAAUAUCUAUGGGGAGCAUUGCGACGAGGAUGAUGACUCUACGAAUAUGGACAUUUACCUGCCCAUCAGGGUGGUCGUACCCUUCAUCCAGAUGGCCACCGAUGCUCUGAGGGCCUUCACAUCCUCGGGUCCCUACAAUGCCUCGCUGCAGAUACCGCUCUCGCCUCUGCUUCAGUCCCUGGCCGACAAGGUUCCCAACGUCUACGUUGGUUCUAAUAUUCCCCAUUUACCCUUCGACGAUGCUUUGAUGGGAGGAACUCCCGAUGACGGCAGGGACUCACUGGAGCACCAUAUCAAGCAUGCUGAUGAAUAUUACUAA